GCGAGCCAGCUCUGCUUCCUUCCGAUUCAGCAUUUCUGUGCCACCUGUUUCCGCCUUCCGCUGCUGGGGUUUUAGACAAAAUCACUCUUCCCAUUUCUCGCGUCCCCAGACCACGAGACCACGACCACGAGCAAGGCUACCCACUCCCUCCCCCCCUCGAUCCGCUGAUUUGUUUCACCCAUCUUCCUGCCUCCACGGAUCUGCUCGUCCUGGAAGGGGAGGAGGACGCUGGAGGCGUCUUGGCGGCGAGGAUUUGCGAGCUGUUGUGGUAGUGGGACAUGAGGAUUUGCGAAUUGGGAGACGGUGAUGGGGGGCUGGCGGGUCAGCAGGAGCAGCAGGAGGAGGAGGUUGGGGCGAGCGGUGGCGGAGAGGUCGUAAGGCUGAAGGCGAAGCGCGCGCUAGUCGGUGCCGGCGCGAGGGUGCUGUUCUACCCGACGCUGCUCUACAACGUCCUGCGCAACCGCUUCGAGGCGGAUUUCCGGUGGUGGGAUCGCGUCGACCAGUUUAUUUUACUUGGCGCUGUUCCAUUUCCAAGUGAUGUUCCGCGUUUGAAGCAACUUGGAGUUCGAGGAGUUGUGACUUUGAAUGAACCUUACGAGACUCUUGUUCCGACAUCUUUAUACCAGGCCCAUGAGAUUGAGCACCUGAUGAUUCCAACAAGAGAUUAUCUGUUUGCACCUUCGGUCGAGGAUAUUUCUCAAGCCAUAGAUUUCAUCCACCGGAACGCAUCACAAGGUGGUACUACCUAUGUUCACUGUAAAGCUGGAAGAGGACGUAGCACCACUAUUGUAUUGUGCUACUUGAUUAAAUACAGAAGCAUGACCCCUGAAGCAGCUUUGGAUCAUGUCCGAUCCAUUAGGCCUAGAGUACUUUUGGCACCAUCACAGUGGCAGGUUGUUAGCACAUUUGGGACUCUCGUCACUGGACAACUUCCAGUACGAAGUACAAAACUAGGCAGUUUCCUAGAAGCCAUUGAUGCUUGCCGCACAGACACAGAAUAUGAUGAUUACCAUGCGAUGGAGUUUGAUUACGAAGAUAGCGGCUUGCCACUUUCUCAAAUUAUGCUACCUAGGCCAACCAGCCCCACUGGCUGUAUCGAUGCUGUCCUUAUAACAGAGGCAGACCUUGAGGGCUAUGAUACUUAUGUUAAUACCAGGAAGGAUGCCCUGGAAGUAGCCACUCGCAGGCCCAUCAUGAGGAGAUUGUCCUGCCUCUUUGGUUCCCUGAAACUUAAUAGCAGCAACUGUGAACCAGCUCAAAGCUGCUUCAGUGAGGUUCGUGCCUGCUAGGUUGCUUCUUUUUCCCAGUUUUCCAUUUUGUGAAUGAAGAGUGUAUCUCUAGAUAGGCGUUCAGCCAAAUAGGAUUGUAGAAGCUGCGGAGUUUCUUCUAUAGCCAUGGCAAUGCCGCCACCGGGAAGAAAGUUGUGUGCACAUCCAUAGAGGUUCUAGUCCUUGAGUGUAGAGUUGUGAAUGUGUCGAUUAUCCAUGUUUUUCCUCGAAAACAUGUGAUUCAUUUGCAUCAUUGUUUCCUUGGAAUAAAAAGGCUAUUCCAGCCAACGGGGGUGCAGUGACCCCCCAAUUCGAUUGAUUCUUGACAAAUUUGUACCAUCUGUGACCUGUGAAUUCAUUCUGUGUACAAGAAAUUGAUUUCCUUUUGUGUUAGCCAA